GCGCAGCGGGUGGACGACGGCGUGGCGCGCAGCCUGGCGGAGAGCAUCGAGGCGGAGGCGUUCGCGGCGACGCAGGCGCGCGCGCAGGAGGGGGGCGCGGCGGUGAAGGGCAGCGCGCUGGUGAUGAUGUACGCGCGGCACGCGAGCGAGCUCAUGGUCGACGCGUUUAAGAAGGAGCGGACGAAGGGGGGAGCGGGCGCAGCUGUGGAGGGAGGCGUUGAAGAGUUUGACAUCUCUGGCGGCAAGAGGGAGGCCUUGACCAUGGAAGCCGCGGAGAAGCUUCUCGCGCCCUUGCUCAAGCCCAACAACGGCUGCAAGAAGGUGAAGCUCAGCAGCAAGGCGUUCACGCUGGAGGCUGCUGACGUGGCGCACCAGGCGCUGACCAAUGCGCAGGACACGCUGACGCAUGCUGACCUCAGCGACAUCAUUGCCAGCCUACCGGAGGAGGAGGCACUGCAGGUGAUCACGAGGGUGACAUCAGCGCUAGAAGGCUGCAACCUCGAGUCACUCAACCUCUCAGACAACGCGUUUGGCGAGAAGGGCGUGCGGGCUGCUGCCGUCGCCCUCACCUCUCAGCCAUCGCUGCGCCAUCUCUACUUCUGCAACAACGGCAUCAGCAAGGAGGCAGCAGGGGCUAUAAAGGAGCUGCUGCCCGCACAGGCAGUGGCAUCCCUGGAAACACUGCACUUCUUCAACAACAUGUCAGGUGAUCCGGGUGCCGCCAUUCUGGCCGACGUGGUGAGGGAAGCGAGGGGGCUCAAGGACUUCCGAUUCGCGUCCACUCGUGUGGGGACAGAUGGCGCCAGGGCACUGGCUGACGCCAUCGCUGCCAACUCCACUCUGGAGCGCCUGGACCUGAGAGACAACAUGUUCGGCCCUGAGGGGGGCGCUGCUUUGGCAUCGGCCCUGCAGCACCACCCCAACCUGAAGCAGCUGAUGCUGGGGGAUACUGCGCUGGGCGAUGAUGGGGUGGCGGAGCUCCUGGACAGCCUCGCCCAGUCCACUCCGCAACUCGAGGUGUUGGAGCUGGGCGGCAACGAGCUGUCGGAGGAGGGAGCGGGGCGGGUGGCGGAGAGUCUGAAGCCGUUCAGCGCAUUGAGGAAGCUGGUGCUGUGCGACAACGAGAUGGGGGAUGCUGGCGUUGAGACCCUGGUCAGCAUUAUUCCCGACCACCUACGGUCCCUGGAAGAGCUGGACCUCUCCACCAAUGAUUUCGGCCGAAAGGGUGCGGAAGCUGCCGCCCGGGCAGUCAAAGAUUUGGAGUCGUUCAAGCUGCUCACCAUCAACGGUAACCACAUCCCUGUUGAUGGAAUCCGGGCAGUUAAAGAAAUUCUGGGCGUUCCGAUCGAGGAUGGGGAGGAGACAGACGGUGGCAAGGGUCAUGCAGGGAGUGUGCGGUAUGCAUUUGUGACUUCAAUGGGGGAGAGCUGGUUCGCUCUCUACCCUGCGCGCAUCGGUUCCACGUCAGCUGCAUCGACCACUGGCUCGCCGAUAGGACCACCUGCCCCGUGUGCCGAGUAG